CGCUAACAUACCUCACAGUGAUGAACACCUAUGAUGAAUAUGGGGAAGAAGAGCUCAAUGAGUACAUCAUCCAGCUCAGUAUUCAGGAAUCCUGCCAAGAUGCAUUUCUGAAAUCUGCAGCCAGUUUAGCGGCAUCAACAAAUGAAAACCUGAGAGUCUUGGCUGCCAUCGAGCAAGGUGAGGUCUCAGUUCUGAGGAGGAUGCUGAGGCACACCUUCGCCUUCAGGGAAUCAGACAGUCAUGGAUGGCUUCCUCUCCAUCGAGCCGCAUCCCAGCCGGUCCUAGAGGUCCUGGAAACUGUCCUGACGUUGGCGGCUCAGGGGCUCAGCUUGGAGGAGAGGACAGCAGUGGGAGGAGAGACAGCGCUGACACUGGCAGUCAAAGCUGGGCUGGUGCAGAAUGUGAGGAGUCUGCUGAAGCAUGGAGCCAACCCACACAGCACCAACAGCAAGAACGAGACACCGCUGCUGCUGGCUGUCAGGUCUGGUUCUUAUGAGCUUUCACACACACUGGUGACUCAAGGCGCUUGGGUGGAGCAGGUCUGCAGGAAGAGGUGGACAGCCAUGCAUGAAGCAGCCAAACAGGGCAGCGUGGACAUCGUAAUGAUGCUGCUGAGGAACGGGGGCCGAGUGAACCACAAGGAUGUAGCCGGAGUGACGCCGCUGUCUGUGGCUGCAGAGCACGGACACUUCCACAUCACAGAGAUUCUGGUGAACUGUGGUAGUAAAGUGAAUUCUCAGGCCUGUAAUGGGGAAAGUGUUCUGCUGGAUGCAGCCGGAUCAGGAAACACUGCUUGUAUUCAGCUGUUGCUUGACAACGGAGCCAACCCCAACCUGCCCAGCGUCACCGGACACCUGCCCAUCCACAAGGCAGCGUACGCCGGACACUACGAUGCUCUGAAGAUGCUGAUACCUCUGACCACAAAGAAGGCCCUGAAAGAGGCAGGGAUGAGCCCGGUCCACUCUGCGGCAGAAGGAGGACACAGCCACUGUCUGAAGCUCCUGCUCGCCUGUGGCUUCGACGUCAACUACCGCAUGAACACCAGAAACUCUGAAAACUACCGGGACAUGAGAAGGAGCGCCUUAUACUUUGCUGUUUCCAACGGGGAUGUGGAAUGCACUAAAAUCCUAUUGGCAGCUGGGGCCAAGACCGACUUAGACCCACUGUGCUGCCUCCUAGUGGCCGUCAGGUCAGGCCGAUAUGACAUUGUGAAGUUGCUUCUAGCAGCCAAAGCUGACGUUAACUGUUACUUCACCGUAGUGAGUGACACCGUGUUUCCCACUGCGCUGCAGUACUGCCUGAAGGACGAGAUGAUGAUGAGGCUACUGCUCAACAACGGAUACAAAGUGGAAAGAUGUUUUCAGUGUCACCAUGACAAAGCUUAUGAUGCUGCAGAUGAAGGGGAUGCAGGGGAAGGCAAAAUCCCAUUCUGUGAGUUCAUGAGUCUCUGCUGCGUUGUGCAUCUGGCCGGCAGCGUAGUCCGGACCCUGCUGGACUACGUCAAGCAUGUCCACAUCUGCUCCAAACUCAGACUGAUACUGGAAAAACAGAGAGAGUGGCCCGAGAUACAUGACAUCCUCAGUAGUCCUCACUCCCUCAGGCAUCUCUGCAGACUGGAGAUCAGAAAGCGUCUAACUCUGAAGAGACUAAACAACCCUGAAAUUAUGAACUCGCACAUUUUCCCGCCCAGACUGAAGAGCCUCAUUCUCUAUCAAGAACUGGAUCUUUACAACCAGGACCAUGAACGCAUCAUGUGA